CCCAGGAACUGAUGAACGCGACGCAGAACUCGAUCCGGCAUAACCUCUCUCUGAACAAGAUGUUCCGCAGGCUGGCGAAACCGAUCACUGAACCGGGCAAGGGCAGCUACUGGACGGUAGACUUUGCUGCUGGCGAGGGCAACAAGCGCGAGCGGAAGCGCACGAAGCGCGCUGGUAUGGCCGAGCAGGCGCGCCGCGCAAUGGAGGGCGACGCUCCCUCUUCGUCGCACCAGGACAACAGCAUUAGCAGCGGGGAAGAAAGUGACGUGCCGGGACACAGCUUCCCUCCGCGCCGUACUCGGCAGACCGAUCUAUCAGGAGCCUUCUAUCGACCCUGCGCUGCUCACCCAGGGCCGCAUGUCCCCUCAGAGGAGGCCCAGACUGAGCCCCGCACCGUACGCCCGCCCAGCGUUCCCCAUGUCGGUCCCUGCGCCGGCCGUGCAGGACCCGCGCGUCGCUGCGCUCGGUCAGUUCUCUAUGCGUCCCGGCCAGACCGCCGCAUUCGGAAACCCGACUGUCGGUCAGUCUGCAUUCAGCCAAGGCUCUCAGGGCUUUGACCCAUGGGAGGCCUCCUUCAUGGCAGGCCCGAUGGGACCGCCUACCUGGGGAACACAGGUUUGCGCUCCACCGGCGUUCGAAGACCCGUUCUCGCCUGCUGGCCCGGCUUCCAAUGUCGGAUACCAACCACAGAUGCCUGGUCGCGCCGCCAGAGAAAGCAUGGCGGCUGGUCCUUCUCGUGCCGCGGCGGGUGCCCAGUCUCAUGCGCCCGUCUACCAUCAUGGCUCCCUCGCUGUCUCCGCCGAAACAGUGGCCUCUGCGGCGGGCACCAGGUCGAGCUCUACUUCCGACGCUGGGAGCGCGCGCAGUGGCAACCUCGCGGGAACUAGCGUCUCUCAGGCGUACAGGCACAGCAGCAGCUCUUCUUCGUCGCAGUCAUCCUAGGGAAGCUUCCUCGAUUGACCCGUCCUUGGAGUCCUGCGCGGCGUGUCAGAGCGACAUGUCGCGGAGGACUCCUCGCUCAGGCAACCCAUGCACAAGUUUUGUUCUCCGUCAAGUCAAGUCCCUAUGCAUCCCAAGUUUUGUCAAGAUAAAUUGCAAACAAAUCGCUGAUCCACUUUC